AUGCUCCGCAAAUACCUGUUGGCUGCCGCCGCCAUUGCUGCCUGCACGUUCAUCCCCUCCUCUCUAGCCUCGCCUAUUCCAGCACCGGCACCCUCAUUACCCGCCGAACUCCAAGCAUUGAACAAACGCGCCAGCGCAACCGUGAUCCGCGCCUGCACGGUUCCCGGCACCUUUGCGGUCACCUUUGACGACGGUCCUGGCACAGAAACACCCGCGCUGCUCGACUACUUGGACGCCAAGCAAAUCAAGGUCACCUUCUUUCUCAAUGGACUGAACUACAACGAUAUCAACGACCCCGUCAUCGCUGCGACCAUCAAGCGCGCCUAUGCGGCUGGACACCAGAUCGCCUCCCACACCUGGUCCCAUGCCGACAUUUCCCUUGCCACGACUGAUAUUGCUAGCGAAAUGAACAAGCUCGAUGUUGCGCUGAAGGCGCUUAUUGGAAAGCGGCCUGUGUACAUGCGACCCCCCUACGGAAACACGUCGCCCGCAGCACUCGAGUACCUGGGAUCCAAUGGUUACAAGGUCAUUAACUGGAACGUCGACACGGACGAUUGGAUGCACCCAUCAAGCUUCAGGUUGAACUUGCAGGCGUACAAGAAUGCGCUCCAGGGUGAUACGACGGGCAAGUCGUUCAUCAGUCUCCAGCAUGAUGCCGAGCCAUUGACGGCCCAGGUCUUCUCCAAGCUCGCGAUCGAGUAUGUCCUCGCGAAGGGAUUCAAAGUCGUGCCUGCCGGGUCGUGUCUUGGCGACAAUGAUAACUGGUACCGUGACUAA